AUGCCUCCAAACCUCUUCUCCCGCCUCGUACCGUCCAGCGACGAUAGACCCUUAUACGACCGACUUAGAAACGGACAAGAUGACGAUGUCGAAAGUAGAGCUGGCCUUGACCUAGACGAAGAGAAUCUAGCCCAACAUUUCCAAGAUGAUGACCUCGACCAUGCUGGUGGUCCUGGUCUCGAUGAUAGCCAUAUAUCCACACCACGUAGCCCUGUCACUACCGCAAGUAGAGCUCGUCGUACCGCUGCAAGAGUAAACUCACACGAUGCGAGAUCGCGGUGGCUUACACAAGAGGAUGAUAUGGAUAACGAUGUUCCCGCCUCUCUCCUAGUAGAAGGUCCUGAUGCUACUACAUCCAAGCCAAAUCAAUACAGGACAAGCCCUCAACAGGCACGGAAUUCUACCAGACGCCACUCUUCAAACCGGAGGAUACAAGCGCAGUGGGAAACUGCGCAGGCGCAUCAGAGGCUACAUCAAGAUGAAGAUUACGGUCCGUCGACUAGCGAUCAGCCCCAGAGAGGCGGCACUGUGAGGGGCCCGGGAUUCACAGGCAGUCCCAAAGACAAGGCCAUGUUUAGAUGGGCUAACGUCUCUAAUCUAGACGUCUUUAUCAGGGAUGUCUACGACUAUUACCUAGGAGCGGGAAUGUGGUGUAUCCUACUCGAUAGGGUUUUACAUUUAUUAAAGGUUAUUUUCGUUGCGACUUUACUCACACUAUUAUCGCAGUGUAUAGAUUACAGUAAGAUCCGCGAUAGUAAAAGCUUGUCACAGAUCAUGAUUCCCCAGUGCACGAAGCACAUGUGGGGAAUAUGGAACUUGAGUCUCUGGGUUUGCAGCUUUUACUUUGUCUGGAAGAGCAUUCAGUGGAUUCUUGACAUACCGCGUUUGAUGCACAUACGCGAUUUCUUCGUCUACCUCCUGGAAAUCCCCGAGGAAGACAUGCAAACCGUCUCGUGGCAGGAUGUUGUGGCCAAGAUCACCGCCCUUCGCGACGAGAAUGUGAAGACAGCUACUAAUAUAACACCAUCGCAACGCCGUUUCUUGUCUAAGCAGCUGGGACAACACAUAGCAAGCCAAUCCAAAGAAAGACUCGAUGCCCACGAUAUUGCUAACAGGUUAAUGAGACGAGAGAACUAUAUUAUUGCUCUCUUCAACAAGGACAUAUUAGAUCUCACAGCCCCGGUGCCAUUUCUACGAAACCGGCAACUAUUCUCGAAAUCUCUGGAGUGGACGGUUCAGUUCGGCGUUCUAGACUUAGUUUUCAACGAGGGUGGCCAGGUUCAUCAACGAGUCCUCAAAUCCGAUCAUCGUGGACACCUUAGCAGGGAAAUGCAAACAAGAUUCGCAUUUGCAGCGGUGAUGAACCUCAUAUUCGCCCCGUUUGUAGCGUCUGCCCUCCUCGUCGACUUCAUCUUCACGUACUACAAUGAAUUCAAAACGAAUACCUCAUCUCUAGGGGCCCGGCAAUAUACACCGCUUGCCAGAUGGAAGUUCCGCGAGUUCAACGAGCUCCCACACUUAUUCGAGGAACGGUUAAACAUGUCAUAUCCUUACGCAAAACAUUACAUAGAUCAGUUUCCGAAGAAGAAGACAGAAUCAGCCGCCCGAACGGUUCAGUUCUUUUCUGGCGCACUUAUUGCCGUUUUGGCCAUUGUGGGAUUUUCCGACCCCGAAAUGUUUGUCGACUUUGAACUGUUCCCGGGAAUGAAUACGUUCGCCUUCGUUGCGCUUUUAACAACGACAUGGGCCGUCGCUCGAGGAAUGAUAUCCGAGGAGAAUAACGUGUUUGAUCCCGAAUUUGCGAUGCAAAGCGUCGUCGAGUACACACAUUACCAACCAGAUCAGUGGAAAGGUAGACUCCACAGCUACGAGGUCAAGGCCGAGUUUUCCGAACUUUACAAGUCAAGAAUCGUCAUCUUCCUUGAGGAAAUCACCAGCGUCUUGGUCACACCCCUAGUGCUCUUCUUUAGCUUGCCAAAGUGCAGCGAUCAGAUCAUCGACUUCUUCCGCGAAUUUACAAUCCACGUCGACGGGCUAGGCUACGUGUGCUCAUUUGCUGUGUUUGACUUUCAGAAAGACCAACGCACGACAAAGCAGCAGCCCGGUAAUAUAAAUGAUGCUAGGGAGGACUAUUACGCUACCAAACACGGGAAGAUGCAGGCUUCCGUCCACGGCUUCUUGGAUAAUUACGUCUACCACCCUAGGACUGGUCUUCCCGGAAAUCACGCCAUGGGCGGCCCAGCCGGACGUCACCAAUUCCACCCUCCACCCGCUUUCCCAGGCCUCAUGUCACCUACCCUCGCUGCGGACAUGCAUUCCUCGCGCAUCGGACCUAGCGAACGGCCUAGAAGCCGAGCACCAAUCUCAAGCAGAACACCACGAUUCGGCCCUGCCGUCGCGCCCUCGCCAAUGGCCUCCAUGCUACUUGAUCCACACCACCAACCUUCCGCCUCGUUCAUUGUGCCUCGAACCACCCCGCAGCGUACGCGCCAGCAGCGCGGCAUGCCCUCCGGCGACACGAACAUCAUUGAGGAGUCGACGGAAGAUGGGCCCUCGCGAAGCGUUAUCCGUCGGCAUGAUACGGCGUAUACGGACGACGGUGAUAUCGAAGAAAGCGUGGCGCGUCUCGGCGAGUCUACGUGGGAGGGCUCGCCCAGGCAUGGGCUAAGUCGCGAGGGUAGCAAUGCUACCGAUGGCGAUGAUGGACCGGGCGUCGUGACGAUGCUAAAGCAGUUCCAGCAGGCACAUUUGGAUCGGCGGGGCGUUAUGUGA